GGUCAAGAGUCUUUUUAAUGAAUAUCUUACAACAAGAUUUGGUUUGUUUGAGAGUGUUUUGUUUUUUUUUUCAUCCCAAAAAUAUAACAAUUUACUAAUUUAGAUAAUACGAUUCAAUUAUACAACCACUCAAUACGAAUCUAUAUACAAUAUCUAUAUGUCUGCGUCUAUAUAUAUAUGGCCUGGUGUUGUUUUAGAUUUAGCGGUCUUUUGUCUCUUCUUCAUUGAUUAAACUCUAUCGUAAAUCUGAAGGAGUUUUCCAAAGACAAACCAACAUGGAAGACCGCGUCUUGAUCAAGAACGAUGUCACUGAAUUGAUAGGUAACACACCAAUGGUGUAUCUAAAUAAAAUUGUGGAUGGUUGUGUGGCUCGUAUUGCUGCCAAGCUUGAGAUGAUGGAGCCUUGCUCUAGCAUCAAAGAUAGAAUCGCAUAUAGUAUGAUCAAAGAUGCUGAAGACAAAGGAUUGAUUACUCCGGGAAAGAGUACAUUGAUUGAGGCAACGGGUGGUAACACCGGGAUUGGUUUAGCCAGCAUCGGGGCUUCAAGAGGUUAUAAAGUGAUCCUUUUGAUGCCUUCAACAAUGAGUUUAGAAAGGAGAAUCAUUCUAAGAGCAUUAGGUGCAGAGGUUCAUCUCACUGACAUUAGCAUAGGCAUUAAAGGACAGUUGGAGAAAGCUAAAGAGAUAUUAAGCAAAACUCCCGGUGGUUACAUACCACACCAGUUUAUUAAUCCUGAAAAUCCAGAGAUUCAUUAUAGAACCACGGGUCCGGAGAUUUGGAGAGAUUCAGCAGGGAAAGUAGAUAUCUUAGUCGCCGGUGUUGGAACUGGUGGAACGGUUACUGGAACAGGGAAGUUUCUUAAAGAAAAGAACAAAGAUAUUAAGGUUUGUGUGGUGGAACCUUCCGAAAGUGCGGUACUCAGCGGAGGAAAACCAGGUCCACAUUUGAUCCAAGGAAUAGGCUCUGGUGAAAUUCCAGCCAAUUUGGACUUAAGCAUUGUUGAUGAAAUCAUUCAAGUAAGUAGCUUAGAUUGUCGACUUCUCAAUCGCGAAACAAUAUUUUGAGAUAUGCAAUCUUUUAAUCUAGGUGACUGGUGAGGAAGCUAUUGAAACAACCAAGCUUCUUGCUAUCAAAGAAGGAUUAUUGGUUGGAAUAUCCUCUGGAGCCUCAGCUGCGGCUGCGUUAAAGGUUGCAAAGCGGCCUGAAAACGUAGGGAAACUCAUUGUGGUUAUUUUUCCUAGUGGAGGAGAACGUUAUUUAUCGACUGAAUUGUUCGAGUCAGUCAGAUAUGAAGCUGAGAAUUUGCCAGUUGAAUGAGUAGUAGUAACGUAGGAUUCAAUAAGAGAUGUUGGUACCAAGGUUACAUUUUGAUUAUUGUAGGUCAUUGUAAAAUCAAUAAGAGUUACAUAUUCCUUGAUGAUCAAUUAUAAGUUGUUCAUUAACUAAUUUUGAUAUAAUCCGAUCGCUAGACCGUCACAAUCAAACGUUAAAUCUUACUCAUUGUUAAUGGUCGGUUUUGGCCCAUGAACAUAAUAAGCCCAAACCAAGCCCAGUAAGUGAUAGAAAAGAUCUGGAGUGUUCCAUCGACCAAAGGAAGAGGGCAAAGAGGACAGAUGUACUGUGCAGAGUGGAAAAAGUGGUAAAGACUUACAAGCAUAAAAAGGAAACCCUAAAAGGACAGGUCCUAUAAGUACAAGAAUGGAAAGGAAUGAAAGGAAAUGCGCAAUUCCCGCUGACACAGAGAAAGGACAGCAGUACAACCAUUGACCUCGCCUCGUCUUCAAGACCUCACCUCGUCUUCAAGACCUCGCCUCGUCUUCAAGACCUCACCUCGUCUUCAAGACUUCGCCUCAUCUUCAAGACCUCACCUCGUCUCCAAGACCUCGCCUUGUCUACACAUCGCCGAUCUCAUCCUGUUUCGAUCAUUCCGUCACAAUACCACGUCCCUUAGUCAAGAAAUUCUCGUCUAGUCAUCGGCCUGUUAACCGAGACGGAUUCUUUAACUCUUCCUAGAGAAACAUCGUACUUGUGUGAUCCCUACAUCAACACUCAUGACUCUUGUUUGUAAUUGAAUUGAAAAUUAGAUACAAACACAUUAACUAGAGCUUGUUUUGAUACAGAGCUUUUAGCUAACUCUGUUAACUCACUAACGGUCUUCAAUAAAUCCGGAACCGAAUC